AUAUGGUGCCCUUUUUUAUUGCAGAUACAAAAUAGAGGGGCAAUUGUAAUCAAAGACUGCAGCAUCGGUUUCUGCCUGGUGCUAUUAAGGAAAAUGGGAACAAAGUGCAUUAGCUCUGAUCAAGGAGGGAAAAUUUUCUUUUAUUAGAAACCAGAACCUGUUCCCCAAUCAACAAAACAAAAGCAACCCACCAACUUCAUCAGGCUGCAAGUCUACAACAUUUGAAGGCAUGGCAAUCAAAAGGAAAUGAAGGGAUGAAGUAACUACUUGAUCACCCUUUACGAAAGCCAUAACUAAAAAAUCUGUCUCGUAACAGAAAGUACAGGUCCCAUAUUUGUUCAUCCUUCAACUUGAGUCUUCCUUAACAAGUUUAUCUUCUACUUUGUGGUGAAUCUACCAUGUGAGAUGCUCUAUCCCGUUGAUGUAAUUUCUGUCAUAGGUUUCUCAUUCGCAUCUUUGCUUUAAAAUUUAUCAUUCAACAAACAUAAAUACGCAACCUUGAGAAACGAGUUGAAGGCGCUAAAAAGUCAAUAGAGAAUACACUCUGCUUUACUACCUUUUCACUUAAGUUGAAAGAUUCUUUUGCUUCGCUGGCAUAUUCACACUUAUGGUAGCCAGUAAUAACUCAACUAUAGUCAUUUCUGCGAGUUAAGCUGACAUCAUGAUUAAUAUUAGAAGCAUCUACUUCACAGUAAAUAAUCUCAGUCCCAUUGCUUGUUAAUGAAGCUGUUAGUUGCUGCCUUGAAUUCCGUAACUUGAUGUCUUCAUUAAUAAGCCAAACAAAGGCUCCCAAUUGCAAGCUGCCUAACUAAGAAAACUCUAACUCCAUGUUUUUGAAGCUUUAAUCCGGACCUUCCAUUACUCCAGACCUAUGUUCGGUUUUCAAAUACUCAGGUGCUUGCAACUUACAGUAGCCAUUAUAUGUAAAAUUGCAGCAUACCUUUUCCCUAGGUUGUACUGUCCUGUAAAGUUUUCCAAAGGAGGAACUCAUCAUUUGUAGUUAGAAACAUUGAAUAGACCAGCGGGCCAGUUUAAGUGUCAUCACCUUCUAAGAUUUCAGUACACAUUUUUUCCAGGUAGUACAGGUUUAUGUUUUAUCCUUUGUGGUUUUCGAUUACUUGUAAGCUUAGUCCAGUCCAGUGUAUAAUAUCCCACCUAAUCAAAGUUCAGUAAAGCCUGUAUUGGAUGUUUUUCUCCAGCAAAGUAAAGAUCCAUCAUGCCGUAUUGGAAUGGAUACGCUGGAGUGUUCAUCUUGUACUGUGAUGCUAUUGAACUAACAAGUUGACUUGCGUCGUCUAUUUAAUCAUGCCAAAUUCUCAUCCAAUGAAAAUAUUGGAACAAGUUCAAACGUUAAAGCAGCCGUUCCCUAGAUUUUAAGGCCAAAAUUAGCCAGAUAAGAGACUUCUUAAAAAAAACUCAUAAGGGUCAUCAGUCAUAAAAGCAUCCCUAGUUUUGGCCAUGCUUUAGGGAAGGAAAAAUGAAGAUCCUAUUUCUUAUGGUCUUCAACUUCAUCUGACUUAUCCAACAAACCUUCCGUUAAUUUAUUCCAGCAGGACAGAGCAGGCAUGCCCAGGACCAGGGGGGUGUAGGAAAUUUGUAAAUAACAUAUUUAACUUGCAGUAAUGUUCCCCAAUCUCCACGAGGGGAUAUAGGGACACAAUUACAGUGGAACUCAAAAUCAGUUGAAUUGAUUCUCCUUAUUUAAUUCUUUUGAGCCUUGGACCCUGCCUGAGUUCUAGUAGGCACUAUCCAGCUAAAUUGGUAGGUAUUGAAGAUUAACAUGUUCGUUUUUUUAAUAUAGAAAAUGGAAGUUCUAUUACCUCCAGCCUCUGCAUAAUAGAUGCACACAUCCAACAUUUAUUAGAUGGUCAUAGCAAGCAUGCCAAAAGUUUAACAUGGUCAUUUGACUUGUUUCGUUUGUUUCUUGGAAAAUAUGGAAGAAGAGUGAGUAGCUGGGUAUGUACACCGAGCAGCUGCAUUUCCAUGUAUAACAUUGACGGCUCAUUGUGUUCUAAAAAAGCACUAAUAUGCCAAUUAGCUUAUUGUCACCACUGAAUGUAAUUCAUUACUAUUUCCUUACAAAAGUUUUCAUACACGGUGUUGUUUAUACAUUUCCUUUGCAACGUGGUAUCCUACACCCACACAUACUUGCUUUUAUUUGUUUCAGUUCAUUUGCUUUAUAAGUAUGUUCUUGAGCUUUAGACCCUUUUUGUCUUUAUUUUUUUAUUAUUAUCAAUUGUGGUGGGCAAUCUGCUUAGGUCGCCUGCUGGUAAACUAUUCCCAAUUAACUUUGAUGCAUCUGGUGUAAUCUUGUUCUUUCUAAUGUAUGCACAAUACCUUUCAAAUGUGAAGAAGAAAACCCAUCAAGCCAUCUGUCUUUUUCCAAUUCUUUGAACCACAAUAACCUGAAAACUCAUUGAACGGUAUUUGUGUGUCCAAGAAAUUGGCUGCCAAGGUUACUUGCAUAUGGAUGUGCUUAGCUUUCAACUAGAUGAAAUUGCACAGCUUCCUUUGUCUACAAAGCUUGAAUUUUUUCAGAUGUUUCUCUUAUGCACUACUGACAAUCCCUUUAGCCUGAUCACAAACUGAAAGAGAAGAAAGAAGCCUAUUGAACUCAUUGUCCUUCACAGUUAGUACUGCCAAAGAAGAAUUCCUUUUAAUUCUAAGUUAAUUUACGGUUUGACCGAUUCGCCUCUCUGUAAGUCUAUAACCUUGUCAGCUCUUCUGCUAUUUUUUCUUGUAUGAAAGAUAAUUAUAGUCCUCUGAUUAGUGCACACUGUUAGGUUUGAGCUGCAUACAGGGUGAGGCUAACUGUAGCUGCAUACGUGAAUUUUAAUAGUCAAUCCAAAUUUCCAUCUGAAUAUUUAACACUGUCCGUCGACUAGAAGAAACUUGAAGAAAUAGAAGAGGCCAGUUUCUUUCAUUCCGAUGCAAGCCAUUAAAGCCUGCCUAAAGUUGACACAACCACAAGUUUAGUGUCCGUAAGGGAGAAGUAAGUGUGAAGAAAGCUGUCAAAUAGUGCUGGUAAUCAUUACUUCCAUUGCUUGAAGAGAGAAGAAACGGAUUGUUGAGGAAGAGACUUUCAAGGACAGUGGAGUUUUAGCAGCUUAGCAUUGAUGAAAGUUACUUCUCUGACAGUUAGCAAAGCUUCUAAAUGUCCCCUUUAAAUUGCUUUCACAAAGACUACCAGAUCUGUAGCUAUAAAUCAGAUAACCGCGGAAUUAGAGCAAACUUUAGCUUUCAGUCACCUUGUAGUGCUAGGACCCAGGGAAGAGUGAAACAAAGAAAUAAUACACUAGACCUUAUCAGCUGCCACGCUGGGAGAAUUCAAGAGAUUUGAUUUCAUUCUUUCAGGAAAGAACCAUCAGUCCCAAGAUUGUGUGGUUGUGUUGCUAGGUUACACUGAUGCAGCAAUGCUCCACUUCCCUGGCGAAUUAUUAUGUUGAUGCUUACUGUUCAUAUGUUAUCUAAUCAUAUCCGGUAGACAUGUUCUCCUUCUCUUCUGACCUCUGUGGCAAAAGAAACACACAUGGAAGUUAAUUAAAGAGUAAAGGAACAAAAGGAAAAGAAAAAGAAGGAAGAGCUGCAGCACCAAAAACAAAAGCAGAGAAGGCCCCCAACCUACCACCACCUCCUCCCUCACUUUGCUUUGCAGACAAUCUCUCUCUUCCUCCAGUCCCCUUCCAAAAGAUCCCCAUCAAGGCAUCAACCAGUGGCAUCAUCUGAUCUCUUCCCCCAUUCCCCUCGCAAUUCCCAUUGCCUAACCUUGAGAAAGUACCAUGGAUCGAGCACAUACACCUAGGCUCAUCAUCCGUCUUCGUCCCUCAUCUCCCCACAAUGAUUUGGCCCAGAAACUGAGAGAGAUCCUCUGCUAGUACUUGAACACUCAGUCUCAGACUGAGUGAGGUACUAUAGCUAACAUCUGUCUCUUUUCCUUCACCUUUUCUCCCUCUGCUGUUGCAGCUGCCAAGAUUUCGUGCUUGGAGAGGAGGCAAUGGCGUCUUCGCCUCCUGGAAUUAUUGGGGCACAGCCCACCUGGGUCCCCUACGAGCCAACCAGAGACUGCUCCCAGGGGCUGUGCAGCACGUACUGCCCCCAGUGGUGCUACUUCAUCUUCCCUCCGCCGCCGCCCUUCGAUCUCGCCGGCCCCAGCCCGGACGACUCCUCCGGCCAUGUCUUCUCCCCGCUCGUCAUUGCAAUCAUCGGUGUGCUAGCCAGCGCAUUCCUCCUUGUCAGCUAUUACACCUUCAUCUCCAAGUACUGCGGCACCUUCAGUUCCCUCCGGGGAAGAAUCUUCGGCUCCAGCUCCAGCAGCGCUGCCCGCAACGCUGGCGGCGGCGGAGGGAGCGGCCAGGGGCAGUCCAGGAGCCAAGAAUCGUGGAACGUCUCGCCAUCGAGUGGGCUGGAUGAGACCCUAAUCAACAAGAUCACGGUGUGCAAGUACAGGCGUGGCGACGGGUUCGUCAACACCACGGACUGCUCCGUCUGCCUCGGGGAGUUCCACGACGGGGAGAGCCUCCGGCUGCUUCCCAAAUGCAGCCAUGCCUUCCACCAGCAAUGCAUCGACACAUGGCUCAAGUCGCACUCCAAUUGCCCACUCUGCCGCUCCAACAUCACGUUCGUCUCCGUUGGGGCGGUGUCGCCGGAGCCGGAGGGCGGUGACGCCCACCAGGUGGUUGUGGUGAUGGAUGAUCUGGAGAACAUGUGCGAAGAACAUCAGGAUGUGGUGAGCAGCAGCGGCAGCAAUUCUGACGGUAAUGAUCAGGAGGCCAGGUGCAGAUCAGAAGGAAUGGAGGAGGCAAAUGGCACAGCUGAGAUCAGAGAAGAAGGCACCCCACCGAAGACAGUGUGCUUGUCGUCGUCCUCGUUGGACCCGCAGUGUCACAACCGCAUGUCCAUUGCUGACGUGCUGCAGUCAACCAUGGAAGACGAGCUUAUUGCGGCCAGGGAGAGUGGCCUCCUUGCAGGUGGCGCUGGCACAUCAAGGCGCUGCCGAGGCGAGAACAGCGAUGGAUGGGGCCGCAACCGGCGCUCUGUGCAGGAGGCCAUGGACUCCGCACCGAUGAAGCGAUUGCCGCCCAGCGGAAGGUCGUGCUUCAGCAGCAAGAGUGGCAGAGGAAAGGAUUCAGAUCACCCUGUGCGAGGCACUCAACUCUAAUGCCCUCUACUUUGAUCCUGGAGAAGCAUCCAUUCUUUUUGUUCGCAACUUCGCAUGAUGUGAUGGAAAUGGGGAAGCAAGGAAAAUCAUCAUAAUUUGGAGAUAUUGUCCUCUGAAGUUGUGAUAAUGCUGAUUUCCCUCACAAGUGAUGCUGCGGCCAAAUUGUCCAUGUGCGAUGCUUGGGUAAGGUCUUCUAUGAUGAUAGUUUAGCAGAUGAUGGAUCUCUUCGACUCUUCUACUUUUACUCUUACACAUUUCAUCACAUAGGUUUGUCCAUUCUUUCAGUGGACAUGUUUUACUCUGAGUGCAGUAACAGGCUAAAGUUUUCCCCACCAUGAUUUCCCCCCCUUGUGUUCUGUGUGCAUAAUUAUGCCUUGCUGUUAGUUGCAAAGUGAGCUGAGCGCAAAACCUGAAGGAUCAAAUGUUAGUGUGAAUUAUCAGGAGCCUAAAGGACUGUUCUCUUGCAUACACAUCUUUUUUGAGCAUUA